AUGUGCAAUGACAAUAAACGGACUUACCGUUCCACUUUGGAGUUGCUCUUCCGAUCAGACCAGUUGGAUGUCAACUACAGAUGUGGUGUCAAGAAGAAUCUCAUUGUGGCCAUUGUUGGAGGAUUCGGGGCUGAUAUCUCAUUCUUCAUGUCAGAUGUCAUCAGUCUUUAUAAAAUCCCCCAGCUCGCUUAUGGCUCCUUUGCUCCGAAGAAGCAUGAAACAAAAAUGGCUGCUUCCUUUUACCGCAUGGCUCCCAAUGAAGACCUUCAGAUUACAGGGAUCAUCCAUUUGUUGAAGCACUUUGGAUGGACCUGGGUUGGCCUUCUAAUUAUGGACGAUGACAGUGGAGACAAUUUCCUCCAAGCUCUAGACCCACUUCUGUCGGAGAACAGGAUCUGCUCUGCCUUUGUGGAGAGAAUGCCCAAACAAGUAUUUUUUACUGUGUUUCAAAAUUCUGUCGUGUACAAGGUAAACAAUUAUUAUUUCUAUAGCAAAAUCAAUACAUUCAUAUUCUACGGGGACAGCACCACACUGAUGCUUCUGUUAAUGUUCCUUAAAUAUGAUUCCCUUUGGGCAAGAGUGCCCAAAAUAUGGAUUCUGAGUGCUCAGAUGGAUCUAAUGUUAACAAGCUUCCAUCGUCCCUCAGAUCUACAGUUGUUCGAUGGUGCAAUUUCCUUUGAUAUUCACUCCAAUGAAUUGCCGCGGUUCGGUGAAUUCCUUGGGGCCAUCAAACCAUUCCAGACCAAGCGAGAUAGUUUGGUGAAAGAAUUCUGGGAACAAGCCUUUGAUUGUAUACUUUCAGAGAACAAUCCACCAGGAGAAAGUGGUGAAGCGUGUACCGGGAAGGAAGAUCUGAAAAACCUUCCUGCGCAUUUAUUUGAAGUGACCGGACACAGCUACAGUAUCUACAAUGCAAUCUAUGCUGUAGCACAUGCUGUUGAUGGCAUGAACUUACUCAGGUCUAAAUACAAAAGAGUGACAGGGAGUAGAAGGGUUGAACUUCAAGAUCAAGACAUAUGGAAGUUCCACCGGUUUCUCCAAGGCCUUUCAUUCAACAAUUCACUUGGGGAAACUGUGUCCAUCAGCCAUCAUGGAGAAGUGUUUUCUGGAUUUGAUAUGAUAAAUGUGGUCAUGUUUCCAAAUAAUUCCUACCGCAAAGUGAAAAUCGGAAAGAUGGAUCCCACAGCACUUCAAGGAAACGGAUUUGUGAUUCACGAAGAUUUAAUUGUGUGGCACAAAUAUUUUAAACAGGUCUUGCCCCGUUCACUGUGUACUGAUCCAUGUCCUGCUGGCUCUCAGAAGAAAAAGAAAGAAGGAGAGAAAUUUUGCUGCUAUGAUUGUGAUCUGUGCUCUGAAGGAAAGAUAUCAAACAUGUCAGACAUGAUUGCCUGUUCAGAAUGUCCAGAAGACCAAUAUCCAAGUAAGGACAAAGUUCGAUGCCUCCCCAAAAUCAUAACUUUCCUAACCUUCGAGGAACCUUUAGGGAUCAGUUUAGUUGUGGUUGCUGUUUUAUUUUCAGUCGUGACCAUCCUCAUACUUGGAAUAUUUAUUAAUUAUAAAGACACCCCUAUUGUUAAAGCGAACAAUAAGGAGCUCACCUACACUCUCCUCAUCUCCCUUCUGCUUUGCUUCCUUUGCUCUUUCCUCUUCCUCGGAAAACCUCUCCAAUUGAUUUGCUUCCUGAGACAAUCCGUGUUUGGCAUUAUCUUCUCUGUGGCCAUUUCUUCUGUGUUGGCCAAAACCAUCAUGGUCAUUGCAGCAUUCAUGGCCACCAAACCAGGAUCCAGCAUGAGAAAAUGGUUGGGGAAAAGACUGUCCAUCUUAAUUGUUUUUUCUGGGUCCUUCAUUCAAGGAGUCAUUUGUAUAGUGUGGAUGAUCACUUCUCCUCCCUUUCCAGAACUUAACAUGCAAUCAAUGACUGAAGAGAUCAUAGCAGAAUGUAAUGAAGGGUCUGUUGUGAUGUUUUGUCUUGUCUUGGGCUACAUGGGGCUUCUGUCUCUGGUCAGCUUCAUGGUGGCUUUCCUGGCUAGGAACCUGCCCGACACAUUCAAUGAAGCUAAGUUCAUCACAUUUAGCAUGCUGGUGUUUUGUAGUGUUUGGUUAACUUUUGUUCCAACGUACGUGAGCACCAAAGGAAAAUAUAUGGUAGCUGUGGAGAUCUUCUCCAUCUUAGCUUCCAGUGCUGGGUUAUUGGCCUGUAUCUUCUUCCCCAAAUGCUACAUUAUUUUGCUGAGGCCUGAGCUCAACAGCAAAGAGCAACUUGUAAAGAAAAAGCAUUUCUGA